GCUGUUCCUUUUGAAAACCUCAGCAUCCACUGCGGGGAAACCAUCGAGUUAGACUUAGAACCAGUUUAUGACAAAAUAGUGAAGAAGAAACGUGGUGGCUGGUGCAUGGAAAACAACCACCUUUUAUAUUGGGUUCUGAAAACGCUGGGAUAUGACACCACCAUUAUAGGAGCAAAAGUUUACAGCCCAGAAGAAAAUGCAUAUAAUCAUCAUAUUGAUCACCUUCUGCUAAAGGUGGUCCUGGAUGGGAAAGCCUACAUAGUGGACGGCGGCUUUGGAAUGGUCUAUCAAAUGUGGCAGCCAAUGGAGCUGAUUUCUGGGAAAGACCAGCCCCAGGUUCCCGGCAUCUUUCGCUUCAUGGAAGACAAUGGGAUCUGGUACUUUGAGAAAAUCAAAAGGAAGCAAUACAAUCCCAACCAAAGCUUCUCUAAUUCCAAUAAUCUGGAAAAAAAUGCAUGUAAGAAAGUUUACCUGUUUACCCUUGAGCCACGAGAGAUAGAAGAUUUCAGG